UUUGUUCGCUUCUUUUGAAUGUUCUAAAUUUUAGCAGCCAGAAGAAAACAUGUCGGACAAACAGAAGGACAAGAGAACAUUCCGGGAAAAGAAAACACGUGUCCAAAUGCAGAUAGUGACUUCAUUAAUUGUCAGUGGCUCCGUCUUUUUCUUCAGCUACUGGCUUCUCAACAUCAACACCUCUAAAAUCACCGAGCUGUCCGAGAGAUUAGCCUUUACGAUAUGUUGUUUGUUUGUCUCCUCGUUUUCCAUAAUAAUGGGGAUCAUUGGGGUCGGUAACGUCCGAGGUAACACGGACGCCAUUGAUCCGGUGUAUGGCGGGGCUGAAAAUCUCGUGGACGUCCCAAACCGCAUCCUUCGGAACACAACGGAGCAGUUCUUUCUACAUAUGAUGGCGAUGUUAACAUUGACUCUGUUUCUGGAGGGCAGUUCUAUGAGGGUUAUUCCCAUUCUUUCAGGGAUAUUCCUGAUGGCUAGAAUUGUAUAUCAGUAUGGGUACAUGUCCUCUCCAAUGAACAGGGGGUGGGGGUUUGCUAGCACAUUUAUACCUACACUGGUUGUAUACAUUUAUUGCACAUUUUGCAUUCUGACAAAGAUAAUGAAUGUAUAUGGUAUACUUUAGUAUUAUUUGAGAUCUGACUUAUUGUUAUUUUUUAAUUUACCU